AAGUCAACAAAGAACGAGGACUUCUGCUAUUCAAUUCUCGGUAAAAUCACAAGCACAACGCUUCCACCGAAUAUAUUAUAACUCACUCAUAAACCACUACCUGCUUCUCCUAGUACGACUAUUGUUUGUACUUUGUGGAACCCUCAACAAACUCAAAAAAGACGAAAAAAGAUGCCGCCCUCACCAAGAACUACAACAGCUGACGACUCAGCAAAAACUCCUCACGUUCCUAACGGCGAGGAAGAUGGGCCAGCUGGUGAUAUUAGUAGAAAUCAAAGGGGACUCCUGGACCAGGAAGAUGCGGCUGUGGAUAGUACAAAUCGAGCAGGACAACCUCUUGACCAGUCGAGCGCAUCUUCAGCUCUGAGUUCAUCUACAUUGAAUGUGGGGGCCCUGGCGAGUCGGAUCAUGAAGGCGUCACCAAUGUCUUCAGCUCCCUCGGCUUCCGAGGAUACUGAUGAAGAUGGAGGUAUUGGC